AUGGAAAGAGUAGGAUAUUUUGAUGCAUUAGAAAGUGAGGAAUUUAUUGAGAAUAUUAACAACUGGUUCAAUGAACGAGGUUCACUUCCUUUUAUUGGGUAUUUUUGGUCGAUUUCUCGUUUGUUAAAUGAAUUUGAUAAUGAUAUCAAUUUUAAUGCAUUGAACAGAAUUUCGCGAAAUGAUAUUUCAAGUAAAGCGUUGAAGCUUUGGGACUACAUGAUGUCAUCAAAUGUAAAUAAGUUCCAAUAUGCAGUAGAAAAAGCUCUGUCCAUGGGAAAAACAGUAACUUCCAAAAGUGUUCCCUUAUCAAAGUGGUUAUCAAAGUGGUUCAAUGUCGAUCUGCUUGAGUGGGUAAUGGGAUGCAAAAAACCAUUUUGUGAACUGGAGCAUAUAGAUCCUGAUUUCAAGUCUAUAAAUUUUAUUAAAGACGAUUGGGACAAGGCAACUUUACUAUACAACAGUUGGAAAGUGUUACAAGAUUUGAGAAAAGAAGCUUGUAACUUGUUAGAUCCUAAACAUAAAACUGCAAAUGUGUAUUUCCCAAUGUUUUGUGACAUUUUUUCGAAAAUGAUUCAAUUGGGAAAAAGUGAAAAUCAUUUCUACUAUUGCAUGGCAUCAUGUUUUAGAAAAUAUUGGGACAAUUCUAACUUGAUUUUAGUAAUUACAGUAAUUUUGGAUCCACGACUCAAAAUGGAUAUUGUAGAACAUUUCUACAAGGAGAUUUAUGGUAAUGAUGAAGAUACAUACCUUAAGAAAACUAUUGACGAUGUCACUAAUAUUUUCAAUAAAUAUGCGAAGGGCCCCAACAAUUCUAAAUCAUCAUCAUCUUCGAACAAUGGUGCUGGUAAUUCUUCAAGUACUUCGUCAAAAAUGCUAGAUAUCAUGGGGAGAUCAUUUGCAUCUUCUCAACAUGUCAAUGAUAUUGCUACACCGGAAUCAGAACUCAACCACUAUUUGAGAGACUCUAAGCAUCCUCGAGGUGAAGUGUUUGAUAUACUGCAAUGGUGGUGUGUCAAUUCUCCAACUUAUCCAACAUUAGCUAAGAUUACACGUGAUUUCUUGUCAAUACCUAUGUCUGCUACUUGUACUUAUUUAGAUUAUUCAUUGUUAGGUGAAAUUAAGGAUAUUUAUCGUUGUAGUUCUCUUCAUGAUGACCUCAAACAGGCUUUAGCAUGUACAAAAGUUUGGUUGAAUAGCCAUGUAAAUAAAUAA